AUGGGGAGUUACAAGUUCAAAGUUUCAGAUAUCAUCUCAAAGGCAUGGUUUAACAAGCUCAAAGACAUGACCAAACCAAAAACCAAAUCUUCUAGUUCUUCUUCUUCCUCUUCCUCAAAAAAUGGUAACAAGAAGAAACCCUAUUCAGAUUCUCUUCCUCAUCACUCUUUAACCUCUCAUCUCCCCAACAGAUUAGUAGCCAACGAUCCUCACCAAAACUCACCAAGAAACUCUCUUCCCACAAAAAGGAUGAGUAAAAGAAAGACACUUUACAAGCCAUCUCUUAAACCAAUCAUUCCUCCUCCUCUUGCAUCUGCACGUUUCAAUAAAAGCAAGAUCAACGGUCAAGAUUCUUCUGACUUCUUUUCACCAACUCUCGAAACUUCCCCUGAGUCUUUUGUGUUCAGUUUCUACGAAGAGGAGAAUGAUGAGUUCGUCGAACCUUCACAAUUCAAGAUCAACUCAAAGAACAAAGCUUUCACUAAGCACAAGGUCAAAGAGUCUGAUUCCAUAGGGAAAACUUGUCCCACAAGUAACAUAACCAAGAAACCGCAUAGCCAACUUUCUGUGAAGAUUAAUAGAGAGAUAGAAGAAGAAGAAGUUGAUGAAUGUAGAGCCGAGAAGAAAGUGUCCACUGGAAGAAAAUCCUCUGCAGGGAUAAACCUCAAGAGAGUAAAUUCACCUAGAAUUCAACUCUCAGGUACACGUAGAAGCACAUCAAGAUCAGAGAGCAAACAAGUUGUUCUUGAGAGUUUUGCAGUGAUGAAGCGCUCCGUUGAUCCAAAGAAAGAUUUCAGAGAAUCAAUGGUGGAGAUGAUUGAAGAGAACAACAUAAGAGCUUCAAAAGACUUGGAGGAUCUCCUUGCUUGUUACCUUACAUUGAACCCAAAGGAGUAUCACGAUCUUAUCAUCCAGGUUUUCGAGCAAAUCUGGCGCCAGCUUACAAAAACCAAGUAA